AAGAUGCUGAUACAGCUGUUGAAGGAGCAACAGCAGACAGAUUAUUUACGAAAAUAAAAAAUUUGUUUGAGGAUUUUGGGGUGCCCAUGGAGAACUUGAUAGGAUUUGCCAGUGACGGUUGUAAUGUAAUGUUUGGGAAAAAUAACUCGGUUGCUCAAAAGUUACAAAAAGUGUGUCCAAAUAUCAUCACAAUGAAAUGCAUUUGUCAUUCAUUGCAUCUUUGUGCAUCGGAAGCAUGUAAAAAGCUUCCUCGAAGAUGUGAGGAUUUAGCCCGAGACAUUUACUCGUUUUUUAAAAAUAGUUCAAAGAGACAGGCACAACUUGCAGAAUUUCAAAUUUUUUGCAAUGUAGAUAUUCAUAAAAUUUUAAAACCAUCACAAACACGAUGGUUGUCAGUUUUAGCUGUUGUAGAAAGAAUAUUAGAACAGUGGGAACCGCUUCAACUCUUUUUUAGAUCCAAACUUUAUGAAGAACGAAUUAUGUCUGUUGAAAACAUACAUGUUGCUUUGAGUGAUAUUUUUGUGAAAAUGACUUUUUAUUUCUUAGAGUGAAUUCUCCCUAAAUUUGUGUAUUUAAAUCAAUAUUUUCAAGGAGAUGAAGUUUUGAUUACAACAAUUCAUGAGAAAAUGUGUGCCACUUUUAAAGAUUUAUUAUGUUGCUAUAUGAAGCCUGAGUACGUUAAGAAAAAGGAUAUUCAAGAAAUUAAUCCGGAAAAUAUAAGCGAAUUUAUAGAAAUUGAGAACAUUUACUUAGGUGUAAAAAUUCUGCAAGUCUUAAAUAAAGAUCAAUUAAAAACUUGUAGUAUCGAAAAAAUUAACGCCUUUAAAAUAAAUUGUCGCAAUUUUAUGAUUACUGGUUGUAAAGAAAUUUUGAAAAGGUAUGAUUUUUCCAAUCCAAUUUUACCGAAAUUGAUGUGGCUAAAUCCAAAGGAGGCUUUAUCAUCAAACAAUUUAAGAUCGCCAACUCUGGAACCGUUAUUGUGCUUACUUCCCGGAAUAGUAAAAGAUGAACAAUUUCAAAUUAUUGAUGACCAAUGGCGAAAAAUGUCUCUCACAAAAUUCCCGGAUAAUUUUAAAGAAUUGUCACCGGACAAGUUUUGGCUGUCUAUAAAACAAUGUGAAGACCACCACAAUGAAUUUAACGAGCUUUGUGAUUUUGCUCUUAACGCUCUGCUAUUGCCUCAUUCAAGCGCGGCUUGUGAACGCGUUUUUUCGAGAAUGAAUUCCAUUAAAACCAAAAGUAGAAAUAGAUUGUUACUGUCAACAACCAAAUCUUUACUUCUGGCUUCACAGUGCAUGAAUAGAGCGGGUGGUUGCGGUAAAUUUGAUGCUACCGAAGAAAUGUUAAAUUGUAUGAGGAAAAGUACUAUGUAUCCUGACGUUUCUGGUAAUGCAUUAUUGAAACCAAGUACAUCGAGAUCAACUAUAAAUCAAUUAUAUAAUGAAGAUUUAUAUGAAGACAUUGUGUUUGAAGAAGAUUGUUAAGAUAACAAAUUUCUAUAUGAUGCCUUUUAGUAUAACUAAUGAGUAUAAAUACUAAAAGAAUUGAUAUUUUUUUAUUAACAUUUUAAAUGUUUAUUUUUGUUUGCAUAUUUGAUCUAUCUAUUUAUUUUUUGUUCUUUUUUUGUUAUAGAUCAGAUAAGUCAAGUACAAAAGUACCUAUUUUUUCUCUUCUUUCUGUUUUUAGAAAUAAUUUAAAUUUUUGUUUUAAUAAUUAGUUAAAAAUAAUUUAUUUUAUUAUAUGUUUCAAUUAAAAUUUAUACUUAUAUAAUGGUUGCCUAAAUUUUAAUUAAAUAGGUGUAUAAUAUAAUAUAAUAAAAUCCUGUUUUAAUAAGUUACGUUUGAUUUUUACUUAUAUUCCUCUUUCUAAAGCCUAAUGCACAUGAAAUUGCUUAGGCUGCAUAUACAUAGCAUAAGAUCGCUAAACCAAUGAGCAUCCAGCAAAGUUGUCAUAUUGAUUUAUAUAAGAUGAUCAUUGGCCCAGGAUAACGGUCUGUGCGGUGCUUAUUCUACGCAUUUUCUAUGUAUUUGGGCCCUUCAGACCAAAAAAAGGUCAUUGAUUUUGUAAAACAGUUACGAUAAAAAAAUGUACGAUAAUUUGGUGGUAAAUGCGAUAAUUUUAAAGCUUGAGUACGAUAACUUAGCGUUCACAGGUUGGCAACGCUGUUCCCGACACACGAGCAGUCAGCAACAAGUCUCGAGAUUGUAAAGACGAAGAACGUCUCCUUCGAAUAAACCCUGGGUCGAACGGAACAACGUGUACCCAUUAUUGCCUUCUGGCUUUCUUCACCUCCUAACUUUUCCCUCAUUAUUUCAAAUUACUAAAAUUCCAUUACACUACUAUAUAUAAUUUUAAUUGAUAGAAUUAUAUUAUGUUGCAUAUCACCGCGUGCACACGCACACACGCACACACACGCACACGUUCACACAUUCAAGCUUUUAUUUAGGCUGUAAUAUAAUUCUAUCAAUUAAAAUAUCGAAUUAAAGUAUAGAAGAAUAUCUUUAUUUUUAUUACAUUUAAGUUGUUAUACCUAAUUUAUACAUAUACGUUUCCUGCUUCUCUCCUUCCAUACACAAUAAAAAAAAAUGUUGACAAGAUAAUCUUUGAUGUUAUAAUCUCACUUAUCUGUAUUGUUUAGGUUAUAAAAUGCAUAAAUUAUUUUUCUCCUUAAGAAGAGUUUAAUGCCAAGUAUACUAAGGACGGUAUUCAUAGUCGAUUCUUAUAUUUAAGAUUAUCUUAAGUACAGUCUUAAGAUGCCAUCAAUCAAUCACAGAGCCGUAUUAGCAUCUUAAGACAUUACUUGAGACGAUCUUAAAAUAAGAUUCGACUAUGAAUACCGACCUAAGUAUACUUAAGUUUAUAGUCAAGGUAAACAUUGCAGAAUAUAAAAAAAAAUAAACACGUACAGUACAAACAAAAGUCGUACAUGUACAGUUAUACUUACUGGUUUUUCGGUAUUUUCCAUCUUAUUAAUAAAAGAUUAAUUCGAUUGAAAUAAAAAAUGUUAUUAUUACUGCAAUAUAAUGCUUUAACAAUUGGUAAAUCUUGUAAAGGUCACAAUUUCAUAAACGCAAGUUGAAUAGCGGAAAAGGAUAUUACACCCAUGGACAUAGGAAUAUAGAGACAGAGUAUAAGCUUGGUUGAAGGACGAGGGGAGUGAAGCUAAAAUACAGGGGGAGUCCGUCAUAAUACUGUGCCUAAAUUUGAUUGGUUAUAAUUCUGCACAUGCUUAAUGUUACUAUUUUGAAAAAAAAUACAGAUUAAUUUGAAACUGUUAUUUAUUUGUUAUACAAAUAUGAAUCUAGUAACAUUGUUGAGUGCUAUUGGAUUAUGAAAUUAUUUACUUUAUUCUCUCCGUUAUCAAAUAUUUAUCAUAAAUAAAUUUUUAAUUAAUCUUAUAUACAUGC